UCAGCGCGGCAUCCAGACAACAACAGGUGACACCAGUAUAGACAACAAGUCUCGCGAAUUUUCGUUCCUUCGCAACAAAGCGCCGCUUCAUUUUUUUCAAAAUUGCGAGUGUGAUCUCAUCUUAAGCGUCUCUAAUUUGCACAACGGUGCAAUGUGCAGCGGGUGUUGAUUUUCCUCAUAAUAUCACGCAAUCCCAUACAUAUCGCAGUACUGAAUAUCGCCAGACAAGCAAAAUUAUUUCAAGCAGAAACAGCACUAUGCAGAUCCGCAACUGGCCAUCGUACCAUCCGUUACUAGUCCUUGUGACCUUUAUGGCCGCUGUCACAGUAGCUUCACGAUUACACGGCCAGCUGCCCGAUGACCCAUGGAACCUACGUCCCAACCAGUUGGUGCCCCUCAACCCUGAUGACUUCAGCCCAGUUCAAUCUAUACAGGAUCAAAUGGGGAUGAUGGUGGACACUUUUAAAGUACCCAAGCGAACUCUGUCUCUGUUUACACGCUGGAAGACUUUAGAGCAACUUAGACGGAAUCAUCUUCACCAUUCGCUUCCAUUGGCUUCAACCAAUUUCGAUCCACUGAUGCCGCGACAACAAAAGAAGAUUGCAAUGGCAUCCAACGAACCCAAAGAAGAAAUGAUGUCUCUACCGGGUAUGUCGAGUGAGAUGAGUCUGUCUUCUCGCGCUAUCCAAAGGUCAUUGCGCCCGCCUGGUCAGCCCCUCCGAUGGGGCUGAAAAGACUUGGAAGCUGAACGGAUGUUUAACAGGAAAAUGCCAGACCCGGCAAAAAAAAUUUCACGUUUUUCUUUCGCUAUUUAAUUGUCAUUUCGCACCAGUUUUCUCCUUUUUUUUAGUUCUCGUUUUACUCACUCAAUGUGUGCGUUAAAAAACUCGUUUUUUCUUUGUUUCAUUAGCGUAUAUACAAUAAUAAUAAUAUAAUUGAUGUGUGUGUGUAAUCACCUCAUAUCUCUUGUUUAACUGUACGCGGCAUACCUCGAACAAAGAAACAUAUUCAAUACAGACAAAAAAAUUUG